AACCGUAGGAGAAUGGGGGUCUCAAUUUCAUUUCCAAGGUCUGAAUUUCGAGGCCCCGAUUUCAUUGGAAUUCGAGGUCUUAAUUUCGAGGCCACAAUCAAAUUGGAAUUCGAGGCCCCAAUUUCAUUUCCAAGAUCUGAAUUUCGUGAUACCGAUCACAGCCUAAAGAAACCCUAGCAUAAACUUCAUACCUUCAUCCGCCUCCAGCGACAGCUAAUCGCAUCCGGCCACCGUCGUUGGCUUCAGCUACCGUCGUUCACUCCAUUCGUACUGGAUCCAGCGGCGCCAUCGCCUUCCACCUCAAUACCGCUGGCCGUUUAUAUCUCACUGGUGGUCUCUAGGCAAACCAAAGGAGGACUUGGCUGGUACACACUCUGCUAGAGAAUUUGUUUGGUGGUAUAAUGGGCAUCUGGACUGAAGAAAUCUUGCUCCAGAUUUGAAAAGUAGUGACACUCUCGUUAUACUUGGUCAGAAUGUUUCACUAUAUGGCAUGAAGUUGGGCCAAGAAACAGAUGCAUCAGAGUUAUUGAGCUCCAGCAGUUGCCAUCGUUUUCUCAGAUUUUACACGGGGAGCUGGCCAUGUUGUUUCUUUUGGUAAAUGUCAUGAUGCUCCCAACAGUUGUGAUGAACUAAUGGUUGCUGUGGCAGCCUAACUUGUCAGUCAGUGCACAUUAAGAUCUGAUCAAUAUCCUGAGAAUAGGUGGAGGGUUGUUCAAAUUUUGAAUCAAUUUACUUUCUUUGAUCCGUUUCAACUCUCGAAAAGUUUCAAACGUGCCCUUGGAGAGAAGUGACAGAUUGUACCCAUACAACUUGGAUGUAUGUUUUGGCCUUGUUUUCUGUGAGUGUCAGUAUACGUUGAAUACAAUGCAGUGGCAGUGUGUGAAGAGAGAUCAUGAUCUCUCUACUAACAAAGAUUGCUCUUGGAUUGUGGUGAUUGAGAAACAUGCUGUUUUAACUGAAGUGAGGGGUUUUAGUGAUCCACAUAUUGAUAAAACAAGAUGUUUGAAGAUCAUUAAAAGGCUUCUGUAUCUUCUCAAUCAAGGUGAAAUAUUCACAAAGAGUGAAGCUGCUGCUAUACUUUCUUCAGCGGUUAAUCUGUAUCGGUUUCAAGAUGCUCAUUUGAGAAGAAUGUUUCAUCUAAUUGCAAGGGAUCUUUGCCCUAUUGCAGAUGAAGUUUCUCUAGUUACUAGUGCCUUACUUAAAGACGUCAACACCGGUAAUGUUGCAUAUCGGGCGAAUGCUAUUCGUUUGCUUUGUCAUAUUACAAAUGACGCAUCCUUAAACAAAGUUGUGAAAUUCCUCUAUGAGGAUCUUUGUGAUGACAAUCCUACUCUUCAAAUUGCUUCCCUUGUGUGUUCAAUCAAUUUGGUAAAGAGAGAUCCAAGGAUGGCCAUCACACUCGAUCAAGUAUACCCCGAGACCUCUUUUUACGAUAAAGGAAAACACGUUCAGUUCCAUGCCAUGUAUCUAGAAUUUGUGAUGGGAGAAGUACGUCGUACGGGAGAAGUAAAUCCUACGGUAGAAGUACGCCGUUAUCAUUACCACAAAAUAUGGUCAAAAUUAACUAGGCUUUGCUCUUGGUGUUCUUCGCCAUUGGGGACUUGCAUCCUGAUUCGCUGUAUUCGUCAGUUAACACGAGAUCGGACUCGCUACGGGGCUGGUGGUAUCUUCGAACUCAUAUGGUCUUGUAUCAAUGGUAAAGAUAAAAUGUUGGCAAUAGAAGGAUUCCGGUCACUAGGAGGGGUGGACGUAGGGGUGUACAUCAUGCCUGGUUUUCAACUUAAAGAUAGCAUAGAUGUUAUGCGCCGAAUGCUUCGUUCUCACAAGCCUGUGGUGAGGUUUAGUGCUUACAGGGCAUUGCAGAAGGCGAGGAUUGUGCACAAUGUGGAAUGCAUAACUCCAGAGGAUCAUAGAUUAAUGGGUUCCUCUAAGUUAUAUAUGGAGGAAUUCAACCAUCGUGAUGAUGAGCCUGAAGCUGAACAUGUAUCUCAAAUCAUUAAAUCUCAAUCAUUUGCAGUCAAGGAAGCUUCAACUCAUCACUGCAACCUCAUGCGUAGGCACAAUGUAUAAUUAAUUAAUUAUGGUUUCUAUUUCACACUUUGUUUUGGGUGUUUUAGUUCACUGCUUUUAAUCUGAGGUAGCAGAUUCACACAAGAGGAAAGGAACAAAUGUGAGUGAUGUUGUAAGAAAACGGGUCGUAGCUUGGAAAAUGUUUUUUUUCUAUUAUAUAUUGUCUACUAUAUUUUGUGUGAUUGCAUAAAAAAGUCUGUGCUUUUCUUCU